AUGUCUUCAUUGUCAGAAGAUGAAAUUAUUGAAAUAGCGAAUUCAUCAAAAGAAAAUAUUGUGCCACAAGCCAAAUCUAAUUCAUUAAAAAAUAAUUUAAAAUCUAAAACUUCAUUACCACUACCAUCUCGUACAGUGCCUAAACGUUACCUAUCAAAAUUUAAAAAAGAAUGGUUAUCUGAUCCACAAUAUUCUUCAUUUUUAAGAGAGUGCAAAAAUGAUGCAACAAAAGCGUUAUGCAUUCCAUGUAAUAUUCAAUUUUCAAUUCAAAAUAGUGGAAUGACUGAUGUAAACAAUCAUAUGAAAACAAAAAAACAUCAAAAGUGUCUUAAAUCUAUUGAAUCAAACAAAUCAGAAGCAAUACAUUCAAUAUUUCAUUCAACUACGUCAGAACUUAAUCGAGUAUCUGCUACUGAAGGAGUUUUAGUGUUCCACAGUGUAAAACAUUUCCAUAGUUAUCACUGAGGAAAAUAUUAAUUGCUUGCGUUAAAGAAAAUUUCAAUUUUUUUCGAAAAAAGACAGUGAAAAGUUUCUUAAUUUUAAUAUAAAUCUCCUUACUUAUUCUUCUGGUUUCAAAUAAGGAUCUCCUGGCCAACUCCUGGUUUUCUAAAUUUGGAUUUGGCAGCCCUGGAUAAGUCCUGCUGCACCUAGCAUAGAUCCUGCCCCAAUUCGCUUACGAACCUCUUAUAAAGCUUCUAUUUUUGUUCCAAGUAGAACAAGAUGAGCUCUAUUUAAUUGUAUAAAUGAAUUUUCAAUGGCUUAAACUAGGUGGUCAAGAAGUCAAAAAUAUCAGCGGUAUAGCCGAUGAGUUAUGGGCAUUGUACGAUAGAUCCUGCCCCAAUUCCCUUAGGAACUUGUUUCAAAACUCAUAUUCUUGUUCCAAGUAGACUCAAUGAGCUCUAUCCAAUGAUAUAAUUACAUUUUUCACAGCCUAAACUAUGCACGAGAAAAAUCCAAAAUACUGAUUUUUCACCAUACAUACCAUAGAACCCUUUUCGUAGAUCCUGCCCCGAUUUGCUUAAGAGUAAGUCUCUGAGAGACUCAGACACCCACGAUGGAGGCACCUCUCAGAAUUCGCUGAUUUUUUUAUAUGUUAUAGAGGAUAGUGAGUUUAGUAUUUCUUGACAUUUUCAACUAGAUCUGAUUACUUGUUCCCAUACCAUCAAUCAAAAUACUAAUGAAAUUUUUAAUAAUUUUUAAUAGUGAUUUUUUACCAGUUUUUACUCUCUAAAAAAAAGGACUUUUGCAGAACCCCCCGGAAAAGGUUCUGUAGAUUUCUAAAAGCAUUCAAAUGUGUCCAUAGUCUCAAAAAACGGGUAAAAAAUUAGACAGACCCUUUUGGAGGUUCUGCGGAGUACCCACUAACAGAACCAUCUCUUACGAAACCUUUUUUUAGGUUGUGUACAGCAAAAA